AUGGAUUAUACUUUGAUUAUUACUACCACUUUAAUUUUUUUACUCAUUAAGCUUUCUUUUCCCAAUAAAUCAAAAGAUUAUAACAACCAAAACACUUAUAACCCACAAAACAACAACAAUAACAACAACAAAAUGGUCUCCGCUAUCUCUUCUGCUGAACAAUUCUCCAAAGCUAUCAAUGCCGAUAAAUUAGUCGUUGUCGACUUUUUUGCCACUUGGUGUGGUCCUUGUAAGAUGAUUGCUCCAAUGAUUGAAAAAUUUGCUCAAGAAUACACUCAAGCUGAUUUCUACAAAGUCGAUGUUGAUGAAUUAGCCGAAGUCGCUGCAAGGGCUGAAGUCUCUGCUAUGCCAACUUUUGUCUUUUAUAAAAAUGGUAAAGAAGUUACUAGAGUCGUUGGUGCCAACCCAGCAGCUGUUAAAUCUACCGUUGCUUCCAACAUUUAG